UGAUAAACACACACACACACAUUACUGUAUGUAAACACAUUAAGAAUACCGUAGAGCUGAUCUGCUGAUUCAUUUCAGUAUAGUACACAAAUGUCAAACCUGAAAAUGUCAAGAGAUGCUUCCCUGUAUCUAAAUCCCUGCUGCUGAAAUUCUUCUCUAUAUUGAUGUCAACAAAGGAAUUCAAUCUCUAUACUCUCCUCUUCCCAGACUCCUUUGGGGGAAUACCCUAACUUGGUUAGAACAUGUGGUGGUUUAAGUAUGAUAAAGCUUGUGGCAGCACAGAGUGUUUGGGGGUGGUUUGAAGUUGGGGUUAUGCAAGUAGGGAGUGGGGUAUUGGUGAGUACUGGGGGCAGGCGUGGUUUUGACUAGGUAUAUAUAUAUGUAACUGUGGGGAUAGUUUUUAUUUACUCUCUACAUUGGCUUCCUUGGUCCAAGAGCUUCUCUCUUUUGCCAGAGACUAACCAUGACUUUCUACAGGCACUCAGGCCCACGUAGUUAUACGAGCUCCAUCAUGACGGAGCGCUUCAACUGCUUCUACUGCAGAGAUGACCUGCAUGGCAAGAAGUACAUCCAGAAGGAUGAGAAGCAUGUGUGCGUGCGCUGCUUUGACAAGCUGUGCGCCAACACCUGUGCGGAAUGCCGUCGACCUAUCGGAGCUGAUGCGAAGGAGCUGACCCAUAAGAACCGGCAUUGGCACGAGGACUGCUUCCGCUGCGCCAAGUGCUACAAGCCGCUGGCCAAUGAGUCUUUCGCCACUAAAGACGAUGGCAAGAUCAUGUGUGGGAAGUGUGGUGCCCGUGAGGACUCACCCCGCUGCCAGGGCUGCUACAAAGUCAUCAUGCCUGGGUCUCAAAACGUGGAGUACAAGCAUAAAGUGUGGCAUGAGGAGUGCUUCAUCUGCUUUGAGUGCAAGCAGCCAAUCCGCUCGCAGAGUUUCCUGCCCAAGGGGGAUGAAUUCUACUGCAGCGCAUGCCAUGAGAAGAAGUUCGCUAAGAACUGUGCUCGCUGCAAGGAGCCCAUCACCUCUGGUGGGAUCAACUAUCAGGAUAAACCGUGGCACUCUGAAUGCUUCGUGUGCAACACCUGCAAGAAGCCGCUGGCUGGAGCUCGCUUCACUGCUCACGAGGACGACUUCUACUGUGUGGACUGCUACAAGACCUCUGUGGCCAAGAAAUGCUCUGGAUGUCAGAACCCCAUCACUGGUUUUGGCAGAGGGACUAAUGUCGUGAACUACGAAGACCACACUUGGCAUGAGUACUGCUUUAACUGUAAGAAGUGCUCUCUGUCCUUGGCACACAAGCGCUUCGUCCUGCAUGAAGAGAACAUCUACUGCCCCGACUGUGCCAAAAAGCUGUGAGACCACAGCCACUCUUUACAGAUUUCAUUUAAAGGAACAGUUUCCACUCUAUACUGGUGGGAACUGUAAUUCAUUAUUCGCAUUGCUCCUUUAAAUGGUGAUUUAUUAAGCAAACAAACGGAUAAAAAGUAAUGAACGCAAAGACAAAAAGAAAGAAAAAGAAAAGCACUGACUGGCUGAGAGGAUGGUUUUAGUGAUGAGAGGCUUCACGUCACUAACCCCCCCCCAAAAAAAAAACAAAAAACAAAAAAACAGGCAGUAUUUAAGUAGAAAAUAGUGAGUGGUGUGCAAUUAAUAUAACAAAUACACAUUUAUAGUCAGUUAUCUGUAACCUUCACAGCAAUACACGAGUGCCUCUGAUGAGCAGUAAUAUUGAAUUUUAAAUAUAUGAAACCAUGCUUUACUGGAAGCAUGCUUUACUGGAAGAUUUCUUGUCAUGAAGAUUUAAAGCAAACCUUUUCAUGUUGCUUCGUGGAAAUGUAUUAACGCACCUGAGUAUUAGGUUUUUCGGAAAUUAUGACGCGUGACACACACAUUUAACACGAAUCCUUUGGCAUGCGACUAUAUUAGUAUAUACUUUAUUCAUGGGUGAUGUAACAAUGAAUCUGAACAAUAAACUUCGAGCUUCAACUAAA